AUGUUUCUUGUGCCACGCAUUUCAGUGAGAUUGGCCAGGCCCUUCGCCAGGCAGUUUUCUGGCAGCGCCAUGCGUGCGUAUGCGGCGUCUUUUGACCGGACCAAACCGCAUCUGAACAUCGGUACCAUCGGUCACGUUGAUCACGGUAAGACGACUUUGACCGCCGCGAUCACCAAGACUUUGGCCUCGAAAGGUGGUGCCGACUUUUUGGACUACUCCUCGAUCGACAAGGCCCCAGAAGAAAGAGCCAGAGGUAUCACCAUCUCUACGGCGCACGUUGAAUACGAAACCGACAAAAGACAUUACUCGCACGUUGACUGUCCGGGCCACGCUGACUACAUCAAGAACAUGAUCACCGGUGCCGCCCAAAUGGACGGUGCCAUCAUCGUGGUGGCCGCCACGGACGGUCAGAUGCCCCAGACCAGAGAACAUUUGUUGCUUGCCAGACAAGUUGGUGUGCAGGACAUCGUUGUAUUUGUGAACAAAGUCGACACCGUCGACGAUCCGGAAAUGUUGGAACUGGUUGAAAUGGAAAUGCGCGAAUUGCUAACGCAAUACGGCUUCGAUGGUGACAACACGCCUGUCGUCAUGGGGUCUGCGCUCUGCGCUUUGGAAGGGCGUCAACCAGAGAUUGGUGAACAGGCCAUCAUGAAGCUUUUAGACGAAGUCGACGCACACAUCCCAACUCCUCAAAGAGACCUUGAAAAACCUUUUUUGAUGCCCGUUGAAGACAUUUUCUCCAUUUCUGGAAGAGGUACCGUGGUCACGGGCCGUGUCGAGAGAGGCAACUUGAAGAAAGGUGAAGAAGUCGAGAUCGUUGGCCACAACGCCACUCCCUUGAAGACUACUGUCACUGGUAUCGAGAUGUUCAGAAAGGAACUGGACCAGGCUAUGGCAGGUGACAACGCCGGUAUUCUACUACGUGGUGUCAGAAGAGACCAGCUCAAGAGAGGUAUGGUGUUGGCCAAGACCGGCACUGUCAAGGCUCACACUAAGUUCCUUGCCUCUCUGUACAUCUUGUCCAAGGAAGAAGGUGGCAGACACUCUGGUUUUGGUGAAAACUAUAGACCUCAGAUGUUCGUUCGUACUGCCGACGUCACCGUCGUUUUGAAAUUCCCCGAAUCUGUCGAGGAUCACUCCAUGCAAGUCAUGCCAGGCGACAACAUUGAAAUGGAGUGUGAAUUGGUUCAUCCAACCCCACUCGAGGCCGGUCAACGUUUCAACAUUAGAGAAGGUGGUAAGACCGUCGGCACCGGUUUGGUGACUCGUAUUAUCGAGUAA